AUGGCGACAACGAGGGUGCCCCCGCCCAUCCCAUCUAGAAGCGGGCUGGUGUUGGCUUUCGACCCAAACCCGCCGCUCAAGUCGCCCGGCAAAGCCGGGUCACUCGUGGGCGGCCUCCAGUCGCUCGGGUCGUCGACCAGCAGACCGGCGCUGGAGAAGUCCAACAGCGCCACCCCGCUGGGUCCAGGGCUCCGACCAUCGGCCGCGCCGCCGACCGGCGGAGGCCUCAACCAAACCGCUCCUGGCUCGCUGCCGCACCACGCCCGGCCGUCGUUUCACGCGGCGGCCGGCAACAGUAGCGGAGCCGGCGGCACGCCGCCGCCAGCGCGGCCGGUCAGCACGGCCGGCGGGUCCGUGACGAUGCCCUCCUCGCCCGUGUUCACCUCCUCCCAGCUGGGCGCCGGCAAGUUCACUCCGCCCCGCCCGCCUCCCCGCACGCGGCCGGUCUCGGUGAUGCCGGGCCUGAUGGCCUCCAUGCCGGCAACCUAUCGCUCGCCCUCUUCUUCCCACCACUCGUCCGCUUCCUCCACCAAUUCAUCCUCUUCCUCUUCAUAUUCAUCAUCAUCCGCUUCAUUAUCGACUUCGUCGUCGUCGUCGUCGUCGACUUCAUCGCCGUCGUCGUUCUCCGCAGCUCACGCACCAUUGUCCACGCCGCCGACCACUCCCGCUCCGCCUCCGCCUUCGCAGCCCGCGCCCUCCUUUCCGCCUCUGCAGGAUCAGCCGCCGUCGACGCCUCCACCACCGCCUCCUUCAGCCGAGACCUUCCCCGACGCUCUCGCUGCCGAUUCGAACGGCAGCGGCGGCUACGCCAACGGGCGCCUCAUUCCCACGACCGACGGUCAUUCGCUGUGCGCCAACGGCGGCCCGGCGGCCGACUCGCUGCUCUACCAGUCCGACUCAGUCGACGAAUGGCGAGAAGCCGAGGAGGACAUCGGCAUCGAGGGCGCCGAGUGGGGCGAAGCGACCGAGGGUACCACCCUCAGCCUCCAUUCGAGCGAAGGCGGCGUGCCGGGCCUGCCGCUCGACAUGGACAACGACGAAUGGGAGUUCGAGGAGAUCACUGAGGAGGCCGAGACCGAGGAGGAGCCCCACAUCCCCUUCUCCCCGCGUAUGCGCUCGACCAACUUUCCACUCACGCCGCCCCUCGCCAUGCGCUCCCCGACUCUCGCCGAGCCGGCCCCCCAGAGCUCCUUUGUUGACAGCGCCAGCACCGGGCCGCCGCCGAUCCCGCCGCUUCCCCUAAGCGUCUUGCAGCACCACUCGGGGUCGACCCCGCUCGCCAACCACGCCGUCAGCCCGACUGGGUCGGAUUCCUCACAUUCCAGCGAACCGCCGCCCCCGCUGCUCCGACCAGCCUCGGCGCAGCUGCCCCCUGUGGGCAGCCCCGCGACUCGCGAGUCUCUGGCCAACGCCCAGCGCCUCGUGCGGCCGUUCUCGACGCCGGGCAACGUCGCGCCGGUCGCGCUGUCGUCGUCUCUGCCGAGCUUGCCGCACUACUCCGCGGCCGGCUCGCGCCCGACCCCGCCGCCGCGCGCGACCAAGCCGGUGCUGACCGCGCCCGAGGAGCGGGUCCUGGUCAAGUCCCACGUGCAGGCCACCAUUCGAUCGAGCGACCUCAACGCCAUGCUCGAGCGCAAGCUCGAGGCCGGCCCGCCGGGCAUGGGCGCCGCCGGUGUCGCGGUCGAGAACGCGUUGCGGGACUCGGACGAGAGCGAGAGAGACAGAGAGAAGGAGCGAGAGAGGGAGGAGAAGGAGCGAGAGGAGAAGGAAAAGGACGACGCGAAGAAGAAGAAAGAGAAGGACACCACUCAGCAGCAGCCGGAGAAGAAGAAAUUUUGGCAGGGGACGAUGCGGAGCAAGGAGAAGAAGACCAACUCGGGUCGAGAAGAAGAGCACGACAAGGAAAAAGAGAAGGAGAAGGAGAAGGAAAAAGAGAGGGAGAAGGAAAGAGAGAAAGAGAAAGAGAAAGAAGCGAAGGAAAGAGAGAAGGAGAGAGAAGCGAAGGAGAGGGAGGAGCGCGAGAGGCAGAAGGAGGAAAACAAGGAAAAGCGGAUGACCUUUGUCGGCAAGAAGUUCCGGGUGACGAGAAAGAAGAAGCCCGAAUCCAAGCCCUCCAAGGACAAGAAGCCCAGCUGCGGCUCCAUCAUCAUCUCCGCCCCGGCAGGAGCCCAACACCGCUUGCACGUCGAUUUUGAUUUCCAAUGGACGGGCAGCGAUCCCGCGUCCGAGUUCAAACUGAUCGCCAAGCUUGGUCAGGGAGCCUACGGCAAAGUGUACAAAGCAGAGCACAAGGACACGGGCUUCAUCCUUGCCAUCAAGUGUAUUCCCAUCCCCGAGGAGCUCGCCGAAGACGCGGAAAAGGCACGUGCCCACGCCUCGUUCACCUGCGCGGCGUUACCCCAAGAGCUUCUCUGCUUCUACGUGCAGCUCCUGAUCUGA